ACCACCGUGGGGAAGUACGCCAUUUUGGCUCAAACAAAGUCAGCUAUAUUUUAUCCCCGUUAAGAUGAUAUAAGUUGUUUUCGUGGGGUUUUUUUCUGUUAAAAAUCUACAGGGCAUGACUUUGCUUUCCACAAGUUAACGUUUGAUGCAAGUGUAACAUUUUCUCGUUUUUAGAGCGUGCACGCAGUUAGUAAUGAUUAAAAGUCACAGCUGAGCUGUACUGUAAGCCAAGCUAACUUAACAUUUAGCUGUGCUGUUGCUGUUUGUUGUGACUGUGUGUGCAAUGGGUGGCUGCUCCGCUCCAAACUGCUCCAAUUCAACCAGCAUAGGCAAGCAGCUGUUUCGGUUCCCCAAAGACCCUGUGCGGAAGAAGAAAUGGGUGGUGAACUGUCGACGGGACUUUGAACCAACUCCUCACUCCAGACUCUGUCAAGACCAUUUUGAGCAGAGCCAGUUUGAGGAAAUAGCCAGGUCUCCAGCUGGGGGGAAGAAGCUGAAACCUAAUGCUAUCCCCACUCUGUUCAAUGUUGGAGAACCUCCCUACCCCGCAUUCACGGUUCCCUACAUCCUGCACCCUUUGAAACCUGAGCCAGUGGAGAAGGAGCUGAAUUUCGGGGAUCAUGGCUAUGCCAGACGCACCCCUUUGCCUGGCUUAGAGGAGGAAGAUGCGGACAGAACAUCUGAAGAUCAGCAGCCCUGCACACAUUGCCAGCUGCUUAGGAAACAGCUGGAGCAGGAGAUGCAACACACUGCAAGGCUACAGAAAGAGGCUGAAGAGAUGAAGAAGCGUCUUUAUCGACUUGACCGGCUUGAAAAGGGUCUUCAGAAUUUUCUGUAUGAGGAUCAGAUCCGAGCCCUGUCACUCACCAAACGCUCCCGACGUGCUGUCUGGUCUCCGGAGACAAUCCUGAAAGCCCGGAAUAUCCGCUGUGCAGUUGGCACCAAGGGGUACGAGUACCUGAGAGAGAUUGGUUACCCGUUACCCUCCUAUAGGACUCUGUGUAACCGUUUGGAGACUAAGAUCAUGGUGACGACUGAUAUGAGCUGCGAGGAGCUGGCAGAGCUAGGCCUGGGGCUCAUGGCCACCUGCGACAGUCCCCCUGAAGUUGGAGAUAAUGAUGAGGAAGAACUGAUAGGUGUUUUGUCUUCUUAGCAGUUUGUGUGAAUUGCUAAAGACUAAAGCUGAAUUAUUGUGCUUUGUAUCUCCUCCUUGAAUGACUUGACGUGAAUUUGCUUUUGUUAUGUCAACUGGUUGCACUCUCAAAUGCUUAUAUGCGUGUGAUCAGCUGAUAAGAGAUGCUCAGGCUAGCCUACAGUUUUACUUGUAGUAUUUUCUCCCCACCCUGCUGUUAUCCCAUCUAGAAUCAGAUACAGAUUUUUUUUUUUCAGGUCCCUGAUGCCAAAGAGGUAUUGAUAAAAAUAUAAGCUUUGGUGUUGGUGCGUGGCAUUAAGAGAAUCUAUUUGAAACAGCUUAAAUCUCAGCUUCCUUUAGCUUGACUAAAAUGCAGAAUAGGUGCUCGGCAAAAUCCAACUACCAUCAUGAGACCAGAGGUGGUAGGGGAAACAGUGAAGCUUAUUACAAGUGAAACAAGACUUUCCACCAGAAGACUGCAUUUCCUGCUUUGGAGCUAGAUGUUUACUAAUGAGUUCAACAUAGGGGAAGAUUGGGUUAAAAUCAAGUGAGCCCUUAACAAUGAUAAGCAUACACAUUGAGACGUGGGGCUAAGAGUAUAGUGUGCAUUAAAAUCUGAUAUGUCAUGAGUUGUUAAACAAUUCUCGAUAUAAAAGCAACUGAGAGCAACGAGCACCAAAAGCAAAGGACACUGAUACGGCAGAACAGCAGGAAACAGGGAUGGACCUCUGAAAAUGCUGACCCACUGUGAGCUUGAACAUGUGCAGAGCAUGUGUACCAUGUAGCUUGUUACUGAUUGUAGUUGAGAAUUGUUUAGAGGAGUCAUUUGCGCAAACCCUGACAAGUUUGAUGCUUGUGUUUUUAAAGUCAAGUGUCUCUGAGCUUGGCUGAUAUUUGCUGGCUCUGUUUACAUGUAUAAUAAAAUUAGCAUUUGGAAUAUUUAACUUUAUUUAAGUUUCAUAUAGACACAUCUCAUUACAGAGUGUUCCCUCGACAUUGUGAUUUUUUUUUUUUCUUAUUUAUUUUCAAUCUUUUUGUUUUGGUUUGUUUUUUGUUUUUUUGGGUGGGAUGUAAAGCACAUGAUUUAUGUCUUUAACCAUAACAUGGGUUUAGUAUCAAACUAUAUUGUUCAAUCAUACCUCUCCAGUUUAAGCAUUAAUAAAACUGAAUUUCUGUACCUUAUUUUGGUCACAUGUACACAACUGAGACCCUCGCUGUUUUUCAAGAAGGUUCCAAAAACGAUGUAUGGAAAAGGAAAUAAGAGUAAAUCCUGCACUGGUGAAUAACCUAAUUUUGCACUACAGUGUAAAUUUCACUCUGAGAAUUUCCCCUUUGCUCUGUUUUGAAGUGUUCAAAUUUUCUGGAUAGUUUAAGUCAACCUCAAAAUUUAUACAGAAGCUUGAAUAUAUACAUACUUCAACUAAUAUUUUAUUAAAUGUCCCUUAGCAAGUUGUACCUCAACCAGACAGCUUUGGUAGCUGUUUCCAUUGGUACGGACAUGACUUUUAAUCCACAAAUUGUCGAUACUGUUGAGUGUUUUGGGAAGGCCAUUCUGGCAGCUUAAUGUUGGCCUGCUUUGUGUGUUUGAGAUCAUGUCAUGUUGGAACAACCAAUUAUGUCCAUGUUUCAACCGUCUAGCUGUUAAUUUGUGAUGUUGAGACUCCAAUACAUUUGGGUCCAUUUGGAGGCAGUCCUCUCUCAUUAUUCGGUCCACUUUGUGCAAAGUACCAGUACCACUGGCAGUAAAACAAACCCAGAGGAUGAUGCUACCAUCACCAUACUUCACCACUGGUACAAUGUUCUUAAGUUGAAAGUCUCUCCUUUACUCCUCCAAACAUACCUCUUGUCACUGAGGCCAACAGGCUCAGCCUUUGUCUUGUCUUACCAUAAAACCUUUCUGCAGAAAGCCUCCAUUUCUCAUUCAUGAGUGAGGCUCAAGUUGCUGAUUUUGAAGCAGAGGCUUCUUUCUUGGUUGGCAUCCACUCCCAUGGCAAUGUAAAAAUCUCUCCUCUGUGCACAGUGACCCCGGUGUUCCAGCAGUUCCCAGUUCAUAGCAAAUGCGAACAUUAGUGGUUCUUAACCAGUUUCCUCUCAUUUGAGGGGGACAGUUUAGGUCUACUAUCAGACCUUAACAAAGCAGUCGACCAACUUCUACUUUUGAUAGUUGUUUGCGAGGUUAUUAUAGUUCACUUAAACUAGAUGUGGAAACACACUUAACAAUUUUAUUAACUGAAACAGAAAUAAAAACUUGCAAAAAAAGAUUAAAGUAACAUGAUUUUGUGAAUUUGGAAAACUAGCUAAAAUAUAAAUAAAAAAACAGGAAAAUACUUAGUUUUGGUACGUUACUGGUAAAACUCGACUAUUGAGGUAUUGGAUGGAGGUCUGUGGGUUUUUUUGUGAUACUCAUUUUCCUAAAUCUUGCCUCUGAUAUAUACCCUUUAUACAAUAAUAACAAAAAAGACUACAAAAACUAAUAAAAACUCAAUUAAAUUAAAAGCGAAAAGUUAAAAUAAAAAUAAAACCUAAUUUAUAAAAUACAUAACUAUAAUACCUGAGUUCCUGAGACCUUCUGGCCAAUACAGUAAACAUUACCUUUGUACACCGGCAAAGAGAAACUCCCAGUUGUGCUCAAUUAUGAUCCCCAACAAGAAGUCGAAAGACAUUGUAGAACCUUGAGCAAUACUUAUUAAAAGAUUUAAAUGAAUGCAUGUAUCUAUUUGAGCCUGUAUGUAUAAUUUUGAUCCUGUGUGGAUCAGAGAAAAUCCAAUAAAUUUAAACUUGUGCACCGGAAUCUUUUUUUUCUAAAAGUCAUUAAGGUAAUGCUGUAACUGUAAGAUCAUCCGUAUAACAGUUCAAAGAAGUCGUUAAAAGCCCCAAAUGACUAUGACAUUCAUGCUCAUGAGUGGAUGGAAACUUCUGACUGCAGCUAUACACGUUCUCCAUGUCAGGCAGCUCACAGUAACAGUUAACAUUGGAUGCUAGAAUAAAAAUGAAAGCAUAUUAAUUUACUAGUGAUAAAACUUAAACCCAAGUCUCAUUAAAUCCCACUGUUGUAACUUAAUCUCAGGUCAUGUGUGUUACUUUUCCCCACAUAAAACAAACAGCUACCCAGGUUGGACUUUGAGCAAAUCGGUAACAUAAAAGCCAAUAUAUUUAUUUA